GACCAGCACGUCACAACAAUCUGACUCUUGAAUACGCUUGUAUGCCCAACCUUUUGUUGCAUUUUCAAGUUCAGUCUGUACAGUACAGAUAAAUCAGUUUCUCUAGAGAUGUCUCAGAAGAGAAACAGCAGAUCAGUAUGUGCAUUCACUUUCCAGUCCCCCAAUACAAAAAAACCCCUCUCCAAUGACACAUAAAAAGUUGGUAGAUUUCUCACUAGUCGCUCAUGAGUCAAACUAACCAAUCACAAAUGUUCUUGUGUCCUGUUAUGUGGACAGUUCAAUUCUUCAGUGUUGCAACAACCAAUCUUAUUCUCCGGAAGUAGACACUGCAGUGGAGGGUUAGGAGAAAUAGAGUCCCGGAAGUGUGGUGCAACCACAUAACCCUUCCCCUGGGGGAACCACUUGCUCAAAGCAUGAGUCCAGCUUCCUGUUUCACACAAAGUCAGCAUGAUGUCCAACACUAGGAGCAAAGAGGAGUGGCGGUCAGAAUCAACACACAAAUGACCACCAUGAGUAAACGAGAUGAAGAAUGCCGCUCACCUUGAUUGAUGGCCAGAAUCUUUGAGUGGAAGUUCUUGUCGUUGUGCUUCUUUUGCAUGUACUCGUCGAUGGGGAGCCUAACCACUCGGACACCCAGUUCUUUGGCCCGGCAGAGGCUCAAUGUCUGCAGGACAGAAGAUCCAACAAGUGAGUUUGAGAGUCAAUCAAGUGGAAGACGUGAUGUACCUUCUGGACGCUCUCAUCCACAAGUCCUCCGAGGACGUACACCUUGUCACGCUCCACACAGUCCAAAGCUGAUGAAUUGAAAACACUGUCAAACUUUCAUCUUUGCUGUUUAGAUGUGAAGCAGAGAAAAAGCACCUUCUUCGGCGUCUGGUGAGAGGUACACAAGACUUUGUGGUGGGAAAAUGUCCAGACAGCUUUGCUGUGUUAUUUCCAUCUGAGAAAACGAGACACGACCGAGCCGUCAAGCCAAGGAACCAGCAGCAUUUGUUUUUGAGGACUCACCGAGUAAUCCAAGAAGCCGGCAUUCAUGCGAACACACUCGCUGAGGAGGCGACUGUCCUCUCUCAGGUCUGUCAGGAACAGAUGGAAAGGUUGCAGGGCCUUCUUGUUGGAACCAUAGAGUCUCCGUAACUGAGCUGAAAGUCUGCUGACCUCCUGCAGUACAACACAGGACACCUUCAAGAAAAGCCACAUGAUGCUACGUGCUUUCGGGCUUACUGGGAGGUUUGUCCACCUUGUCAGACAUGCAGUGUGUCAUGCUGAGGUCAAUGCACACUUUGAGGCCACUGGAGCGAGCCUCGGCUAAACGUUCUCUGGUGAUGGCCUUCAUGACCCGCUUGCUCUGCUGAGGGGGCGCUAACACAUAAACACAAAAACACGACAAACUAACGUACUGUAUACACUUUGCACUUCUUUGUUCAUCAUCUUUACCAAACUCCCGAUUGAGCUUCCUUCGCAGUUUCUCCUCCUUCCUUCUGCUCUUUUUGGCAGCCAGCUGCCUCUGCCAGUGUCGCUGCUUUCGCAGCACAUUCUUCUGUUCCAACACAGAAUUACAACUCAGAAUUCAUGAAGACAAACCGGAAAGAGUUGAACGUGUUGUUGCCUUUCUACCACUUACUUACUGAACAGUGAGCGGGGUCUCUCUCAGGCGUCCCCUGAAGUUCCUCCUGGUCCUGCACGUCGAUGUGAAGCAGUUCCAUCAUCUCUGAAAACCCAUCCGUCUGCUUUUCAGUCCAACCUGGUGAACCAUCAGCCAUUUCAGAGGUAAUGAACUACUUGGCCAAUAAAAUACCGAGACGUUCUCGGUGUGUCCGGUUUGAAAAUGUUCAAAAGUUGUUUGUAUCCCCAGAGUGAGCGAUAGUAGCGAAACGAAAACACUUCCGGUGGCGACAUGUGAUUGUGUCGCAUAUACAUGACGUCACGAUACACAAGAUGGAAAGAAUAAAGAUCACUUUCUAUUGUAAGGGUUAGCUUUAGUGACAACUUUAAUGAUACGAUUUAGUUAAUUAUACAAUGGAGAUUUGGUUAAUUGGAAAAAACAACAAAACAUUAUCUGUCCAGCAGCACGUUUGGCCAGAGGGAAAAAGACUAAAAACACGCUAAAUGUAUUAAAUUCUUUGUUCUUUGUUUUAUUGUGAUGGUAAUCACGCACCAACUUUCUCACAUAUGACUACUAUUUACACGUCACGCCAUAGAGAAAGUCUUCUUCAUGUCUUUUUAUUUAAAUUUAGUACAGCUGAGCCUCGCUAGCCUGCUGACUAGCUCGCUUGCUAACCUGUUGUCAGUGGCAACGAAACCAGAUCCACCAAUGAGAUGGAGCCCUGGGUAAUGAGCCAAAGUGAUGGACGGCACCCGCCGUAAAACCGAAGAAGAAGAGAUGUAGCCCAAUGCGUCACGUGAUUUUCGGGAGCGUUUUUCAACAUGGCGGCGACUAUCGCCUCUUGACAUAGAGUUGCUUAAAGUUUGAUUAACCGGCGUGGAGACAACAUGGCUUGCGUGGAUGUGCGUGAGCGCGCGUCCAAGUCGUCGAGUGGACUGAGCAAUGACUUGGAAGCAGAAUGGUUGGAUGACAUCCAGACAAUCGGCGAGCUCUUUUACUUAGAGCUGAGCGAGGGAGAAGAGGAGGCACUCUUGGCGCAGUCAGCCGCCGCUCAACAAAAGCCCACCAAUCACAUAUACCCCCAAGAGGCAGACCACAUCACGGAGGUCACCAAGAAGCACCGAUGCAGUCCGCAAAUGGAGGAGCUUGAGCCAGUGAUGAGGAAGCUCAACAGGAGAAAACGGCAGCCAUCGCCGUGCAGAGGCAGCAGGAAGGUUGCCUCCACCUUAUCACCACCACCAACAUCCUUAAAGAACCAGAGAUCCUCCAGUCUGCAGCUGCUUAAGGAAGUGUGCAUCAACAUCAACCCCGAGCGUUCUGGAGGCUCGUCCUCACCCCUGCUGGAGGCCCUGCUGGGCGUUGUGCAUCGACCACCUGGUAUCGGCGCUCACGGAGACGCGGGGAAGGAGAAAAGACUGACGGUUGAUGGCCUUGUUCCUAACAGCCCUGCCAGCAAAUGUGGCCGCAUCCUCAUUGGCGAUGUGCUGCUCGCCGUGGACGCCGUGGACGUCAAUGCUGACAACAUUGAGAACGUUCUUUCGUGCAUCCCAGGACCAACUCAGGUGAGGUUGACCUUGGAGACAUUGGGCAGGAACAGCGGCCCAGGUCUCAGGGAGAAGAAUUUGCCGCCCGUCAGCCCAUUAGUGCGUCUCCUGUGCGGGCAGGACAUGGCCGAACUGCAGCUGUCCAUCAACCACAUCCCACACAUGGUCAUGUACCUGUCACUCAAGAUGGAUGCCGCAUCGCCACAGGAGGAGGAAGACAUCUUGUACCAAUACCCGGUUUCUGAGGCGUCCGUUCAGCUCAAAGGAGCCCGAGGAAUGUUCCUAACGCUGUGUGACAUGUUGGACAAUGUCACAGGCAGCAGCAUCGUCAGUUCCACGCUGAUGCUGGACAAACACAUGGUCCAUGUGGGCUACUGGAAGGAAGGCCACGCCCUGCUGGUCUUUGGGCUUCCUGCUGAGAGCGUUCCUUUGGUGUGCCUCCGCUCACUGGUGGGAGACGUAGUGCGGACACUAAAAGUCAUGUACGGGUCCUUAGACAGCGCCUUCUGCAGGGCGGAGCAAAGGCCGCAGCUCGACCAGUUCUUCUGCUUGUUCUUCCAGCGGCUCAUCCAGCCGUCCUGUCUGAGGGGUGCUGUCUUAUUUCCGUCCUUGAAUGUGUCUGGGAGCCUCUUCCUUGACGGACUGCCGGCAGUCCGAUGGCUCACGCUGCCACCCAAAAUCAAAAUGGAGGUGGACUCUCUCCUCACCGACUUUGAAGCCUCAGAUUUUGGAGAAAUGUCGGAGGACUUUUUCGGCCUGAGGCGUCUCUACGGGAUUCUGGGCUCUUGUCUUUUCUACAAGUCCUACCUGAUUGCCAACCAUCUUGCCAAAGAGGAGCUGCUGGAUGUGUGUCUGUAUGUGAAGCACUACUGCUUGCUGCCGCUGGCGUCCCAGCAGCGGGUGGCCCAGCAGCGGGUGGCCCAGCAGCGGGUGGCCCAGCUGGUCAUCUGGAGGGAGGUGUUCCCUCAUCAGAGCAGCAGACGCCGCUUCCUCCUCAUCGUGAGCCAGAGGUUCUUCAUGCAAUGUGUGUUGCUGGAGAUGGAAGGCUGCAUGUCGUCUUCUGGACCUUCAGGACCAGACUGCGUUUACGUAGCUCAGGUGAAGGCCACGCUGCGGCAAUUGGAGACCUUGGAGGAGGCCUUGGAGGAACGUCUGAGUGCUGCCGCUGUUCCCUGCCUGUCCUCUGCCAACUGGUUUCUGCCCGCUGCCACAUCCCGCAUCCGCCUUGACGGCCUGGCCGCUUCCUCGCCGAUCCUCGGAAAACUCGCCAACGUUAAGAGCUCCUCAUUAGCGUCCAGAGGCAGCAGCCUGUUUGGAGAGAGGGCCCGGAAGUCCAGCCCCCAGAGGAGCACGUCGGAAUGUGGGGCUGAGGGACACUCAGACAAUGGAGCAGCUUCUUCAGCACCUCAUGGUCUUAGUCCUGGCUCAGCCAGGACCCUAGGGGGAAGGCGGGACUCGCUGGGAUCUGAUGGGAGUGGAAGCCUCUUCAAGGUGCCGAGGAUGGCGGCUGUGAGGAUGACCGCGAGUGCGAGGGACACGCAGGAGGCACACAACACCAAACUGAGCUCCGGUGCCGAAAACACCUUGUUCCAUUACGUCCUCAUGGAAACGGUCCAGGGAAUCUUCAUCUCGCCCACACACACAGAGGAGGCUGAGCUCGGCGGAUCCAUUCACCCUCAGCUCAUCCACAGCUUUCAUCACUGCUGCCUGUCCAUCCGGGAGACAUUCCAACAGAACCGGACAGUUACGGGCAGGAAUGCGGAAGACAAGCCUCCAAGUGCCAGCUGGGGCUUGGGCCCGGUCAAAGAACAUGGAGUCCUGUUCCAGUGCAAGGCACCAAACUGGACGGACCAGAGGAAGCCUGCCCCCACCCUAACUUACUGGGUGAUAGGGCGGUUGUUGCUAGAACCCGUUCCUCAGGAGUUCUACGUAUGUUUCCACGACUCUGUCCCAGAGGUCCCUGUGGAGAUGGCUUUCAGAUUGUCCUUCGGUUUGUCCACAUGAUGCAAUCACCCCCACACAAGACACACAAGACAUUAAUUUAUUAAUAAACAUGUCCUUGUUACACUCGUAUUAAUGAUGGU